AAGGAAAGGUGUCAAAUUGAGAUUUCUGACUCGUGCUAUUCCAUUUCCUGCAGUGUUGAGAAGGCAAGAGUCGUGAGGUUUGCAUUUGAGAGUGAUUGGGAUUGGGAUUGGGAGAAUUUGGUGGGAGAUUCGGAUGAGAUGAGGGAUGCUAUCUGGGUUGAUGAACUUUCUGAAUGCCUGUCUCUGGCCACGUCAGAUUCCGGCGGCCGUCAAGAGGGACUCUUGUGGUACAGAGACUCCGGUCAGCACGUCUGCGGUGACUUCUCCAUGGCCGUCGUUCAGGCCAACAACUUGCUCGAGGACCAGAGCCAGCUCGAGUCUGGCUCCCUUAGCACCCUCGACUCUGGUCCCUACGGCACCUUUGUUGGCGUCUACGAUGGCCACGGCGGCCCUGAGACGUCGCGCUUCAUCAAUGAACACAUGUUCCACCAUCUCAAGAGGUUUGCUGCGGAGCAACAGUGUAUGUCUGCGGAAGUGAUAAAGAAAGCCUUCGAAGCGACCGAGGAAGGGUUCCUGUCCAUAGUUUCCAAUCAGUUCCAGACGAGGCCUCAGAUAGCGACCGUCGGGUCAUGCUGCCUUGUAUGCGUCAUCUGCGAUGGGACGCUCUACGUGGCCAAUGCGGGUGACUCAAGGGCCGUGCUGGGACAAGUCAUGAGGGCAACCGGUGAGGCUCACGCCACGCAGCUCUCCGCUGAGCACAAUGCCUCUAUAGAGUCGGUGCGACGGGAACUUCAGGCCCUGCAUCCCGACCAUCCAGAUAUUGUGCUUCUCAAACAUAACGUUUGGAGAGUCAAAGGAAUCAUUCAGGUUUCAAGAUCCAUUGGCGAUGUGUACCUGAAACGGCCGGAGUUCAACAGGGAACCGCUGUACGCGAAAUUCAGGCUAAGGGCACCGUUCAGGAAGCCGUUGCUGAGUGCAGAGCCGUCGAUAACGGUGCAUACGCUGAAGCCGCACGACCAGUUUAUAAUCUGUGCUUCGGAUGGACUGUGGGAACAUAUGAGUAACCAAGAAGCAGUAGAGAUCGUGCAGAGCCAUCCGCGUAACGGGAUUGCAAAGCGGCUGGUGAAAGUGGCGCUUCAAGAAGCGGCAAAGAAGAGAGAGAUGAGAUACUCAGACCUGAAAAAGAUUGACAGAGGCGUUCGAAGACAUUUCCACGAUGACAUAACAGUGAUUGUUGUCUUCUUCGAUGCAAGCCUCGUGAGCAGAGCCAGCCUCUUGAGAGGACCCGCCGUUUCAGUCAGAGCCGCCGCUGUGAACCUUCCUCACAACACCUUGGCUCCUUGCACCACUCCUGCUCCUCCCUGCCCCACU